AUGAGAACCUCGACAGCGCACCAAAAGCGCUACCUACUUUCAAUAAUAGAGCGGUUGUGUAAUGACUCCCGCUGUAUUAUCGAAUUUUACUUGAAUUACGAUUGUGACAGUACAAUGCCUAGUAUAUGUGAGAAGAUUGUCGAUCUUUUGACGAAGCUCUCCUUGAGUAGGAUCGAGGUAACUCCCCAACAAAGAGCAGCUUUCUAUGAUAAUCGAAGAAAGGGUAUCUCUGUUUACGACAUUAGCAAGAUCGCCAAUCUUACCAGCUCCACUAAGAGCUCAAAACCUCCAGAACCAGAUGUAUACAACAUGUAUCCCCUCGAGUUUGCAUUGAAGAUAAGUGCGUUAAGUUGUAACGUUGCCCUUUUGAGGUCAUUAUACUCAUGGGCUCAGAAAGGAAUUACUUUCAAGGAAGAAGCUACUCGGAGCAGUCAUGAUACUACUGCUCCCACACCACUUCUUGACUCGAGCAAGUCAACUGCCUUCAACUCUCGCAAUGCAUCCUUCGUUAAUGGCUCAGCGUUGGAGAUCAGUGACGUUGACGAUCCUGAACAAUUCGAGAAUCUGAAACAAAGAAAGAAAGCAUUUUUGGAAGGUGUGAAGCUUUUCAAUCAAAAGGCCAAGAAAGGUAUUGAGCAUUUCUUGCAACAUCAUUUCAUUCCUUCAGAUUCACCGAAAGAUAUUGCCCAAGUUUUUGUUGGAAACUGA